AGAGGGAGCAGCUGGAAGACAGCCCCUGUUGGUUCCAGUCCCUCCAUUAAAUCAGGAAAACUCCAGUUUAUUUCCCUAUCUUACACCUUGACUGAACAAAACUGACUAUACGUUUUUUAACCUUCCCGCUGUGAUGACGCGCUGCAGUGACCCAAAUAGCAACCAGAAGAAGAGGAAGAAAAGAGGGAAACAUGUGUCGUUCCCUCCUGAUGAACAAAUAGUGUCUGGCUUUGCUGAGCAUGCAGACAGAACAGAGGACAGCUGUAUGACCCUAACGGAUGUAGUUGCAGCCUACCAGCAGAGUUGCAGUAAACACCAGGUCCAACCCAGAGAAAACAUCCUGCAGCAACUCCAGCAGGGUGUGUGUGGAGGAGGCAGCGUUGAAUGUCUGGAUCUCAAAGGUGAGCGAUUAGACCACCGCUCCUGUGAAGCUCUGGAAGUCGUCCUGAAAUCACUGCACUUUGAUUUCAUCAAUCUGCAGGCAGCACAACUGGAGGAAAAUGGAGCAUCGUCCUUGCUGGAUAUGAUUUUGUACUAUGAAUCCACAACGUAUCUUGACAUUUCUGACAACAGCAGUAUGGGAACAUCAUCUUGGAGGGCCCUCGCUCAUUUGAUAAAGCAGAGUGUGUAUCUGUCCAGAUUGGAUGCCUGUAAUGUGUCCCUGGUUGACUAUCCAAUCCAGUCUAUAUCUAAAGCUCUGCUGAGCAGCCGGCUCCGAGUGCUCUACCUAAACAACGCCCUGCUCAGCGGCACGUCGCUGUUCGCCCUGGUUCGUGCCUUGAAGAAAAACCGAGCUUUACAGGAGCUCCAUCUUUCCAACAACCAGCUGAACAGCUACCAGGACGCCAUGCAGCUUGGAGAGCUGCUGCAAUAUAACAACACUUUGCAGACACUGGAGCUUAGUAACAAUGUGUUAGCCGAUGCCGGUUUGGAGGAGCUGUGUGACGGUCUAUCAAGGCAGGCAAAAGGUCUAAAGGUCUUAAUCCUCAAGAACAACCAGAUCACUGAGAGAGGCAUGAACCACCUGGCCAAGACUCUGCCAGGUCUGAAGGUCCUGCAGGUCCUGGAUUUAGGGGAAAAUCACCUGGGGAACGAGGGCAUCCAGGUGAUCAGGGAGCCACUGAUGGUGAACAGUUCAGUGCUGCAUCUCGGCCUUGCCCAAACCAACAUCACCUGUGAAGGUGCUGUGGCGUUGGCUGAGUUCCUUGCUGAGAGUCGUCUCAUUCAGAGGCUAGACCUCCAUCAGAACCGAGUGAAGCUCGGAGGCUUGAUGGCGCUCAGUCUGGCCCUGAGGAUCAACUGCUCGCUGGCUCAUCUGGAUGUGGACCCCAUACCUCCACAGGAGCUGGAUACGUUUUUGACAGAGACUCAGAAGAGGCUUCAGUCAGAGAUCACCCAGCGCUGCAACACCAAUGCCAGCCGGCUCCAUAGAGAACCUUCUGAGGGCUAA